CUUUAGGAGCCACUCCAAUAUUCACUUGUUACCAUGGAGAACAUGAAUCAUAAGAAAUUGUAGGUCUGGUCAAUCAGACAGUUUUGACAAUCUAAUAACCCCCCUACCCAUGUGUGUGUGUGUGUGUGUGUGUGUGUGUGUGUGUGUGUGUGUGUGUGUGUGUGUGUGUGUCACUUGUACAUCUGUACAGUAUUUAUUUGACUUAUAUUGAUUUGAAAAAUGUUACAGCGACAAGCAGUCCAACCUCAAAAACCUUCUGAAUCAUCGUCCGUCUCUCGCGCUCCACAUUUUCAGUCUUCUGAGGCCCUACAAGAGCUUUGUGUGGUAAACUAACUGAAAUGUUAGUCAUAGUUCACUAGAUCAGUGGUUCUCAGUUUCAUGGCAUUUUUAAAAUACAUUAAUUUAUUAUAAAUACUGUGUGAUUAAACCUCAGAAAAAUAAGGCUACUAACCAACAGCACUGUGUUAAAAAUUUAAUAUAAUUUAAGUUUAAAGUGUUUUAUGGCAUAAUUUUUCUUUGUGGGGGGGGGGCAAAGGUAUGCACCGUACACAAUGGGGGCCACACGCCAAAAAAGUUUGAGAACCACUGAUUUAGAAACUGUUGCUUUAUUGGUUCCUCAGGGUAAACAUUAAAGAUGUCGCUCGCACAAUGACUUGAUUUAAUAUCACACAAUCAGAAAAACAUCAAACUAGAUUUAUAUUCAUAAAUAUAAUUAUGUAGAAAAUAAAUAUCCCACCUCCAUCUAAAAUCCAUCUUAUUACAUCACUUCCCUUUUAUGGCCCAGCUACUUCCUGUAUCAGCCUCAUCCCACUUAUGCCAUAUCCAGUGUUUCCAUGGCAACAGCUGUUGAACCCAGCUGCUCAUUUUUUCAGACAGAAAUGUGUGUUUUAAAGUUUUUUUCUUAUGACUUUUAAUAGCCUGGAUGUUGUGUAGGGUUUAAAUCCUUACAAUAGCACGUUACAGAUACAUAUAGAUACGUUACAGAUAGUUUAUUGUGGAAAGCUUUCUAAGAGAUCAGAAUCUUCACCCACCAGGCAAUAAAAUAGGUGAAAAAAUCUUGAAAAUUCACAUUUAAAACACAAACUAACUCCUCCUCCCACCUCUCUCUUUCUCAUUGCAGGAGUGAGAUAUACAUUUUUCUUCAGAAAUGAGUAAUGUCACUCUCUUUUACUGUCACUACAGCAGUGAGUUACCACAGGAGUAAGUUGUGUUUAUCUCACUCUUACAGUGGGAGUAAGGCAUGUCUAUCUCAUUCUUCCCACAUGAGUGUGUUAUGUAUAUCUCAGUCUUGUUGCAAGAGUGAAUUAUGUUGUACUCACUUGUUGCGGGUUAAUAUACGUUUAUCUCACUCCUAUAGCAGGGGCAAGUAAUGCUUAUCUCACUCUUCCCACAUGAGUGUGUAAUGUAUAUCUCAGUAAAUUAUGUUGUACUCGCUUGUUGCGGGUUAACGUUAUGUUUAUCUCACUCUUACAGCAUGGGUGAGUAAUGCUUAUCUCACUCUUACAGCAUGGGCGAGUAAUGCUUAUCUUACUCUUACAGCGGGGGCAAGUAAUGCUUAUCUCACUCUUCCCACAUGAGUGUGUUAUGUAUAUCUCAGUAAAUUAUGUUGUACUCGCUUGUUGCGGGUUAACGUUAUGUUUAUCUCACUCUUACAGCAUGGGUGAGUAAUGCUUAUCUCACUCUUACAGGGGGGGGCGAGUAAUGCUUAUCUCACUCUUACAGCAGGGGCGAGUAAUGCUUAUCUCACUCUUACAGCAUGGGCGAGUAAUGCUUAUCUUACUCUUACAGCGGGGGCGAGUAAUGAUUAUCUCACUCUUACAGCAUGGGCAAGUAGUGAUUAUCUCACUCUUACAGCAGGGGUGAGUAAUGUUUAUCUUGGUGAGUAAUGCUUAUCUUACUCUUACAGCGGGGGCGAGUAAUGCUUAUCUCACUCUUACAGCAGGGGCGAGUAAUGAUUAUCUUACUCUUGCAGCAGGGGUGAAUAAUGCUUAACUCACUCUUACAACAGGGGCCUUAUCUCACUCUUACUGCAAGGGCGAGUAAUGCUUUUCUCACUCUUACAGCAGGGGUGAGUAAUGCUUAUCUCACUCUUACAGCAGAGGUGAGUAAUGAUUAUCUUACUCUUGCAGCAGGGGUGAAUAAUGCUUAACUCAAUCUUACACCAGGGGCCUUAUCUCACUCUUACUGCAAGGGCGAGUAAUGCUUUUCUCACUCUUACAGCAGGGCUGAGUAAUGCUUAUCUCACUCUUACAGCAGGGGUGAGUAAUGCUUAUCUCACUCUUACAGCAGGGGCGAGUAAUGCUUAUCUCACUCUUACAGCAGGGGCGAGUAAUACUUAUCUCACUCUUACAACAGGGGUGAGUAAUGCUUAUCUCACUCUUACAGCAGGGGCGAGUAGUACUUAUCUCACUCUUACAGCGGGGGCGAGUAAUAAUUAUCUCACUCUUACAGCGGAUGUGAGGCUAACUAUCUCAUUCUUCUGACAUGAGUGUGUUAUGCAUAUCUCAGUGUUGUUGCAAGAGUGAAUUAUGUUAAACUUGCUUGUUGAGAGUUAAAAUAUGUUUUUCUUACUCUUACAGCAGGGGCCUAAUCUCACUCUUACAGCAGGGAUGAGUAAUGCUUAUCUCACUCUUGCAGAAGGAGUGAUUUAAGUUUUUCUGUCUUACCGUAGGACUGAUGUUGGUUUGCAGGAGAUAUGCUGCAGGAGUAGGGUUGGGCAUCAUUUCCAAUUUAUUGAUUCCGAUUCCAAAUUCGAUUCCACUUAUCGGAUCCGAUUCCUAAAGAUUCUUGGUUUCGAUUCCAAUGGGGUAAAACGCAAUAAAAUUCAAGUCUUUAUAGAUCAAUUUCGAAGGUUUGCUCGAAAUGAUUUUAAAAUAAUCUUCCCUCGUAAUGUAACAUCUACCUAAAUGAUAGCGACUCAACAACAGAAAAUGCAUUCAGGCCUUUUGAUUGAUCUUUCACAACACUUUUUCCCUGUGUUUGCCUUCCAUUUGAAGCGAGGGGAAAGGGGGUCUCACGUGUAGCAUGUGCCGGCUACUGUCGGUGGCAACUAGAUCACUCGGCAGAGUCAGCACUCAGGAUGCGCAACACAUCAAACAAGGUGCAUUCUUAAACUCAAUAUGAUGAACCAUCGCAGAUGCUUUGCAAUAUUGCUGGUGACCCCAAUCUUGCAACAUAAUAGUUACACUUAGCUUUGUCUAUUUCUUAUUUUGCAAAAUGCAGCCACACUUCAGAGCGCCUUUCACUGUGGUCCAUCGUGCUCACUUAUCCAAAAUAAAUGGAAUUGAAAUUGUAAUUUUUAUUAGCAUUUUGCAUAUCUAGAUAUAGAGAUAUUGCAUAUCUCCCUCUUAUUGCAGGAGUGAAUUAUGUUUCUGUCUCUUUCACACUGCAUGUUUUUCUCUCUUACUGUAGGAGUGAGUUAUGUAACGUGCUUGAUGUUUCAUGAGGCAACAGGAUUUUAUAGUCUGAUUAUGAAUCAUCUUUUGGACUCUAUUUCAAAGACAGCAGGUGUCAUGUUAUUCAUUUCAUCCUGCAUGUGUUUCUUUCUCUCCACCUUUUUCACACUAAUAAUUCUUGAAGGUCUUUCAUCUUCUUCUCUUUAGUGCUCAAUCUCUCUGCAUGCGUCCGUCUUUUAAAUCUCACCCCCUGAGCACAAAUUAGCUCCUUUUUAAGGUUAAAAGCUAUACAAAGCUCUCUUAGGUUCCAGAACACUGUCUAUCACACCACGCUCUGAUUGGUCAGAUUCUGUCCAUUGUGAUGUACAUUCAAGCGUCCAAUGGCAUCAAUAGAUUUCAGCGGGUGCGGACACCGUCCUCGGGCCACAGACGACAUUGAGCAGCAAUUGAGCUGUGUGUCAUAGUGAGGUCAAGCAUCUAUAAAUAGACAAACAUUGACCUCUCGAAAAUCACCGGUCAGGAUGUGAGACGUGAUGUUGUGUGUGUUUUGUGUGUGUGUGUUGGGGUAGGAGUGUGUUCAACACACAUUUAUCUCACUCUUAAUUAGAGCUCUUCAUGGCUCUCCAAUUUCGUUUCUACAAAUGACAUUCAUUAGAGACGUGAAGUUUCACUUAAUUAAACUGUGUUCGUUCCCAUGAUAAUGAAAUCUAGCCGUGCGCGCACACACACACAUUACAGGUCUAACACUGAACCAGUCUAUGUUCAACAACUAUUUCUACUUUCAAUUUAUAUUUUAGCUCUUUCUUUCUGGUUUAUAAAUAUUUGAUGGCUGGUUAUUUUGAUAUCCGAAUGUUUGUUUCUGCAUUUAUUUGUUUGAGUUGAAAAUAAAAUGGAUUAAUGUUGUUUGUAAGGAUGGAGUCUGUGGAUACUUUAUCAACACCGUGACAGAUUCAUACUUUCAUUAACAUGAUUCAUUGAUGUUGUGCACUAUCGCUUUUGCUUUUGCUCAAAAGGGUUGAAGGCUUCAACCCUCCGUUGUGCUUUGAGUUUCACGCUGCCUUUAGAAAUAAAAUCACAUCAUUUAUUUACUUAUAGAUUUAUUUAUAAAGAAAAAUGUAGCUAUUGCAUGCAAUAUGAAUAAAUGUACAUUAAAAACCUUGCAGUGCAAACCCAAAACAAGAAGAUAAGUGUUUGGCACAGAUGCACUUGAAUGACUACUUGUAUAUUUCUUUAUUUUUGGUUAUAUUUUGAGCUAUGAUAUGAGAAGACAUUUAAGUGAUUUUUUUUAAAAGCAGUUAGUUGGAUGGUGGGAUACGAGUGGUUUCUGAUAACACUGUGUUUGGAGUCUCCCAUGUUGAAGUUUUCCAUGUCUUAUCUCAUGGACCGUUAUUCCAGGAGUGGAUGCCAAGGGCCAAGACCUUUUAUGGAGUGCUGAGGGUGACCAGCUGACCCAUAAUGCACUGGGGUGAGCUCUCUAUAAUGUGAGCCCGGGCUUUUGUCAUUCAUUCACAAGUCUGAAUCUGCCAUGGCUUCUUUGAGCGGAUCUUCAGCGUCAUCGUAUCAUCGUUCAUCGCGUUACAGUACGAGCACAGUGAGAUCUUUCAGCUCAGAUUCUCUCCACCCGAGACUUCACAGUCAGUUUGGGGAGGAAACUUCCAUCCGCUCCCUCGCAAACGGGUCCGAGCAAGAGCCUUUCACCCGUUACCAUGGUAAUUCACAGGAUGAAUCGUCAUGGGAUGAGUCUUUUGGCGGUUACCAAGGUGAUCAAGAGUCUUUUGGAGGUUACGGUGAAGACCAGGGGCCUCAUUUAUCAAGCAUGCGUACGAACAGAAGUGUGCGUAAAGUGUGCAAGUACAGCAGAGGAGUUUACCAGGGUGACUGGAGUCUUGGAGAUACCAUACAGGGCUCCAGAUGUUCUGGCAGUACAGGUGUGGUGAGAGCGAUGGGAGACAGUUACUUUCUGUCCGCAGAUGUCAGUGGGUUUGAACCACAUGAAGUGAUGGUGUUGGCCUAUAACCAGUGUGUAGUUAUUCAAGCAGAGAAGACUGGAAUUGAUGGAAAUGUCGCAGGCAAGUUUACCCAUAAGUUUGUGUUGCCAGAGGACAUGGACCCGCUGUCAGUGAGCAGUUCAAUGGCUCCCGAGGGAAUGCUGCUGAUCAGGGUCAGGCGAAUCACAAAACAGUCGAUUCAACCCGCGACCGCUAUCUUUCACACUGAGGCUCAUUUUUGACCUUCUGUAAAUCUGAUUCUGUAGCGAGGAGAAAAACAGAAACUCAUCCAAACACAUGCUCAAUACGGAAACAAAUACAUACAGACUUAAGAAGAUGAUGUGCUAUAAGUUAAACAUUGUGUCUAAUUAGAUUGUGUAUUUCUUUUCAUAGCCAAAUAAAUGAUGUCAUCAGGUGAGGAGGUUACCAUAGCAACAGCAGACUGCUUCCCUGUUUGAUCUGUAUUCAAUAGUAUUUAUCCUUCUUGUUAUACAUUUAAAUACUAUUUAAUAUUCAAAUAUUUUUUGUCACAGCUUUAAAUUUGCUUGUACAGUAAAGCACAAUCCUACAUCUAUUGAUUAUUGACAUUUUAAUUGUGAAUGAAAUAAACAGGUUUGAUGUUUUACAGUACAGAGUUUCUUCAAGCUUUUUAUAUCAUAUCUACAUUUUAUUUUUUACAUGCAUGAGGGCUAAAAUUAAAUCGUUUCAACAUGUUUCAGUGUAUUAUCUACAAUAUAUUAUCAUCUAUGUUGAAUAAACAGCAGGACACUUCACAAUCUUUUAACCCAUGACUUUCCAUUAUUAUUUAAGAUUAUGAUGGGUUAAUAAAAAGAUGAGUGUAUUAUAUCUAUCUAUGAUAUUGUCUGAGUUAAAUGAUGAUUUUUGACAAAACAAGCACAGAAAUGUCACAGAUGGCUUUGUUUUGCUUUUAUUCCUGUAGGGGAAAUCUGAUCUUUAAAUGAAUCUGACCCUAGGGCUUUCUAACCUACUUAAAACAUCAGCGGCCUAUCAAAGUUAACAAAUCUGAUCAAAGAAUUAAACCAUAACCAAUCAGACGUGAGAUAAUAGAAAAACAACUCAAACGUCUGUCCAGAACAGAUGAGAUUUACUGGAAAAGCGACAAAGAAAAAUACAAACAGGUGUGAAUAUUGUAAAGUUAAAAUCUCUUUAUUUAUGCCUGAUAUACACAACAUGUUUAAACUGCACUUGAUUUUUGGAAAUUGCACAAAUAUUUUUGUUGUUUUGCACUUCACGUUCAUGAAAUAACA